AUGAGAAAAUUAGAUACACAAGAGGCCUGGGGUGCCGAAAGGUUAGAAGCGCAACUAGAAGCCGCUCGAGAUGGUCUUCGAGGACUCGAUCGAAGUAUUCGAAAGAUUUUGGGCCGGGAUCUCCCUGAUGGAGAAAACGGCCCGCUACAACCACCACCCAGAUUAUCACAAAAGAGACCAUUGCAAGAGGAUAGAAGGCGUGUUGUUUCUGAUUUUGUCAACAAUGAACUCCCUGGUGGAAAAAGAAGAUGGCAAGGUUCAAACGGUGAACCAAAAACAGUUUUCAGUCGGUUAAGUGCACGUGUUCCUUCUAAUAACGAUGAUAGUGCCGAUGAAGAUGAUAAUGUUAUUAAGCCAGCAGUGUCUUCGAGAGUGAUAGCAACACCAAGAGAGAUUCCAUCUAGACAGGAAGUUAUUAGACGGGAAAGAAUAGAUGAACGUAGCAGGCAAAGGAAUAAACGAAUGUUUGGUGCUCUUUUAGGAACAUUACAGAAAUUUCGGCAGGAAGAAACUAAACUGAAAGCAAAGGAAGAUAAAAAAGCAGAAGUAGAGGCAAGAGUAGAAGAAGCCAGAAGGAGAGAAAAGGAAGAACUACGACGAGAAAGACAACAAUUAUUCUUAUCGCGUAAACGGCAACUAGCAGAAGUCCGAGCACUAGAGGCAAAAUUGGCGCGCAGCCGACAAUUUCAAGAUUGGCGCGCGGCGCAAUUACCACUUGCUUCGUUUAUAAAAACGCGUGCCCAACCUCCUAUUUAUUACGUACCAAAGCGUAAACACCCACAAACUGAUAUUCUACUAGCGCAAUCUGCGAAAGAACUUCAUGAGGAGAUUGAAAGAAGGGAGAAGGCAUUGAUCGAAGAGCUGGAACUUAUAGAAGUGCAAGUAGGUCUUGGAAAACAUCAACAAAAUUUUGAUGGAUCCGCAACGUUAAAUACAACAGUGGAAGUUCCACAGUCGACGGAGGAAGGAGAAGAAAAUCGUGAUCCAAAUCCAGAGAAGAACUUAGAAUCAGAGAAUAAUGAACCGGUUGACGUUUCCAUGAAAUCCGACAAGGAUGAAAAUUACGAAAACACGAAUGAUAUUGAAAAGAAGGAGGAAGUAAAGGUAGACGAAGCAAAAGAUGAAAAUAAUGGCUAGUAUUAAAUGUACUUACAAUAAUUGUACAUAUUACGUACAUUGAAUGGUCCAACGAAGGAGAAGAUGUUUUUCUUACACAACAUUUUACAUGUAUGAAUGAAUUUUACAAUUUUCAAAGAAAACAUUUCACUUUUUACUUGUCAUCAUAUAGAUAUAAAUUCAUUCUCUUCAUGGAAUUACGUACUCAUUCUGUCAUCAUUCGUCAAGUAGCGAACGUUAUUCAGACUUUUCUUAGACGUAAGAAGAAACACUAUGAUCGGGAAUAUAGUUGCAUUUCAUUGGAACCAAUAUUUUUUAAAUGUUAUAUAUUUGUAUCAUGGAUGUUGUAGAAUAUUAUUUAAGUAAUUACCAUCUUGUAAGUAGGACGAGAACCUUGAGAAAUAAGUCGAUAAAUGACGAUAAACAGUCGUGAAUUGAAUCGAUACAUUUAUAGUUUGGGAACAUUAUGUAAAAUAGUCCGCUCAUUGUUUUCUUCGUAUCAGCAUCUGUCUUUUAAUACGUAUGUGAAGAAGAGAAGCAUUGAAUAAAUGAUUUAAUGCUUUACGUGUAUCGUAGAAUAAAAUAUAAAUUUCAAUUUCGAGCAUAUCUGUUGGUAACAUAGUAUAGUUAAAAUAUUUACGAAAAUUUGUAUGUUUGUGUUUCGUCCUUUUUCUUUUUUUUUUUUUUUUUUUUUUUUUUUUUUUUUUUUUUUUUUUUUUUUUUUUUUUUUUUUUUUUUUUUUGUACACCAUAUGUACGAUACACAUUAAUUACGACGGAUAAAAAGUCGAUCACCUUUUCCUAUAGCAAUAUUAGUAGAUACUUGUUACAUAAAAUCAAUUUGAAUUUAUUACCUUAAGAGAGAUAAUUUUUCUUUUGUUUUUAUUAAAUAAGAAAUAAAUAAAUUUUUGAAUUACAUGUAUUUUUAAAUAAAUUAAGAAUGAACGAGAUCCUUCUAUGUACAUGUCCAUUUCGUUUUCAGUUAAGUUCUGUUACAUAUUCGAUUGAAAUUUUACUAUUGAUCGAAUUUACAAUAUAAGUAUUAAUAACUUUUAAUUAACUUUUAAUCAAAUUUGCCUGAAUCGAAUACGUAGUAUAAGCCUACAUGAAAUAAUCGUCUUUAAAGUACUUGCAUACAUAUUUCUGUUGGAUUUUUCGAGCAAUUAUGGUACCCAUGCAUUUUUUUUUUUUGGCAUACUUUGUAAAUUAACUAAAUUAUAAUUAAAUUUUUUCAGACUAAAUUAAUUUUCCAGUAAAUAUUCGAACAAAGGAUAAUACCGAAGAAAUAUCAUUUUUACUUUCAAAGUUCAUUAAUUGUCAUUUAAUCGAACUCGAACACCUCGGAAGAUGAUACACGAUUCAGCGAUGAGAAGAGGUACAGUUCAUAAAGAAGCGAAGAUUAAGCGUUGUAAUUCGUUAACUAAUUUACGCCCAGAACGUAAUUCCGAAUCUUUGUCGGUGAAUUCUGCGGGACAUUCUAUCUUUCCUGUGAUAUUCAAAGGUAGGAGGGGAUGGCAUGAAAGGGGCGUUCCGCCAUGCAACCUCGGAAUAUGGCUAAUGCGUCUCUGCGCCGUCGUUCCAUCCUCCUUUUGCACUUCGGUAAAAUAACUCCUUUGGACAGUAAGCGGUAACCUCUUUACAAAAUAUUUACAUUAAAAUAUUGUUCAAAUAAAAUUACUCUAAGUAAGAUCGAUUUCAAUUAAAGCUACUCUGUAAACCAAUAGGAAUAAAAAUUAUCAUUGAUCCGCUGGA